UUCACUUUUCUUUUUACAGUUAGUCUCCUCCAUGUCCGACUGACUUUCUGUUCUGACAGACAAUGGCAGGGAUAAAUCUUUUGGUUACAAAGGAUGAAUUCAUAUGCUCUAUAUGCCUUGAGAAUCUGAGGGACCCUGUAUCUAUCCCUUGUGGACACAAUUUCUGUAUGAAGUGCAUUACUGAAUGCUGGGAUCAAAUGGGAGUGUGCAGAUGCCCACAGUGUAGAGAGACCUACGCUCCGAGGCUUGUGUUGUGCAGAAACACCCUGCUGGCUGAAGUUGUGGAGAGAUUAGCACAUUCUGAUGUUGAUUUGGAUGUGUCUCAGAAUGUAGCUGGACCAGACGAUGUGGAGUGUGAUGUCUGCAGUGAGAAAAAAUGUACAGCUGUGAAGUCUUGUCUGACAUGCCUGGCCUCCUACUGUGAAAGUCACAUCCAGCCUCACUAUAUGAAUGCUGCUUGGAAGAAUCACAGGCUGCUUAACCCAACUGCAAAUCUACCGCAGAAAAUCUGCACAAAGCACCAUAAAGGUUUGAAAUUUUUUUGUGAAUCGGAUGAGACAUGCAUCUGCACGAUGUGUGUGGUCACAGGACAUAAAUGGCAUGCUAUGGCUGAGCUGGAGACAGUAAGACAGAGGAAACAGGCCAUAUUAAAAGAAACAGUGAGCACAAUCCAGAAGAGACUUGAUAAAAAGAUGAAGAAACUGGAUGAGGCCAAAAAAUCUGUGGAUAGGAUAAAGAUUUCAGCGGACCAAGAGGUGCAGAAAACCAAGAAAUGUUUUUCUGAUUUGAUUCACUACAUUGAGAAAACCCAACAGAAGGUUGUGGAUCAUAUUGGAGAGCAAGAGAAGAUGGAAACCGAGAAGGCUAAACAAUUGAUUAAGCUACUGGAGAAAGAAGUCAAGGAGCUGGAGAAAAGAAAAGGGGAGCUGACUGAGUUUUCAGAGACAGAAGACAACAUCCACUUCCUCCAGAAUUUCCCAUCACAAUGUGUCCCUCUUGGAGAAGAAGAUUCACUCAACAUCACAAUGACUAAAGAUUUCUCAUUUGAGAACAUGAGAAAAAAGCUCUACAAUCUGAAAGGGUAUCUGGAUAAGGUCAGCCAGUGGGGAGUGGAGCAAAUAACUCCAACAGUGGGUGAAGCUCUGGCUUGUACCAUACAGUCUUCUGGCCCUGAGACAAGAGAAGAGUUUCUACAGUAUGCCUGUCAAUUCACACUGGACCUCGACACAGCACACCCAAAAAUCUGUCUGUCUGAUGGGAACAGGAAAAUGACACUGAUGAAGGAUCCUCUGUCUUAUCCUGACCACCCCAGUAGGUUCAAUUGUUAUCAACAAGUUCUCUGUAAAGAGAGUCUAAGAGGUCCUCGCUGUUACUACGAAGUGGAGUGGAAAGGGAGCGCUGUGUUAGGAGUCACAAAGGAAAGAAUCAGCAGGAAAGGUUGGGGAGCUGAUUGCCGACUUGGAGGCAAUAACAUGUCCUGGAGUUUGUGCUGCUCUGCUUCAGGUUUCUAUGCGAGGUAUAAUAAUAUGGAGACUUUAGUCUCUGCCCCAUGUGAUUCCAGAAUUGGGGUGUUUCUGGACCGUACAUCUUCCUCUUUGUCAUUUUAUAGCAUCAGGGACAAAAUGACCCUAUUAUAUAAGUUCCAGGCCUCCUUUGAUGAGCCACUGUACAUGGGGUUUGGUCUUUUUCAUUCUCCUGGUUUCAGCGUAACAAUCUGCAAUCUCAGUCCAUCGGCUUAGUGACAGCUAUCCUACCAUGAAUUCAUCAUUUUACUGUUGUUACAUAGCUGUAUAACUUGUAUGUUUGAGAGAAAUCUGAAAAAAAAUAUUUUGUGGGUAUCUCCAAUGGAACAGUAGGGGACAAUUCAUUAUGACAAGGCUGUCAUUGAAAAACACAGUUCUAAAUAGCCAAAGGUAUUUCACAAAAUCACUCCACUUAUCGAUACUCCCAGUCACUCAUUCGUAAACUGGUCAUCCAGCAGGUACUUCUUCUGCUUAUGAUGGUGUGGUCAUAUAGCAAAUCCAGAACAAAGACCACUUCAUCUUAUUCAUCCUUAUGGUGUUUGGCUGUUUGCUUCAUAUUUUAAAUUUAUUUUACAUUUUUUUUAUUUAAAUAUGUACUCAAAGGCCUAGCUGAACAACAUGGCUCUAAAUAACCAAUGAUAUUUCACAGAAUCACUCCACUUAUUAAUACUCCCAAUCACUUAGUCGUCAAUGAUCUGAACCACUCAAUGACUUCAUCUUAUUCAUUAAUGUUCAAUAGUGGUGUGCAAUAGUUUACUGGACUAUCCGGUGAACAGCAGUAUCCCCGUGCUUUCUGCACUAAAGUCUUUACAUCUUUUAAAGUGGAAAUCACAUGAGACUGAAAUAACAACCAAACCUUAAAAUCCAUAAAGACUCCAUUAAGGUCACCAUAUUGAACACUUACUUAAAUGUUCAUCUUCAGGAAAUAACAAUAAGAUCACAUUGCUUCAUAUUACAGAUGCACUUCUAAACUUUCAUUGCUCUGUUUUAAUAGUAGGAAACACCAGAGGUAUCAGGACUUAAGACCUUUAUACAAUGCUGGCCAUUAGAAUCGCAAUGCCAAGAAACACAAGAGAUGUCAAACAACAACAACAUUUAUUUAUAUAGCACAUUUUCAUACAAGAAAAAAAUGUAGCUUAAAAUGCUUUACAA